GAUGGCACGGAUGAUGGCGCGGAUGACUUGAUGUCCGGCAUAUUCAUACAAGUGAUCAAUUGGAGGAAGGGAUAUGCAAAUAGUCAUUAUUUAUGUCAAAUGGAUCGUUAUUACUAUCCAGUUGACGAACAGAAGAUUGUUGUCAUUGGCCACACAGGCUUGAUAUACCUGUACACGUUACAAGGGCUUGAUGGGGCGCCUCAACGCCGAAUCACAUAUCACCUUCCGAAGAGCUGCUAUGAUUCAUCCUUGUUGGGCAUCCUUAUUCAUGUCCACCCAUCAUUCCAUGGUAAAGUAGCACGCUCAGACCUCAUGCCCAGCUACGUGCCAUCCCUGGAGUCGCAGAUUAUGGUUUUAGAAUUUCUUUCCUUCGCGGGGGACGCUAUCCUAGUCAUCGAUAUGGCCAUCUUCUCUGAUAUGGCCUUGCACUCGGAUACGCCCAUCAAUGUUCCUUGGUCAAACUGGGGACCUCAGCACGUGUACUAUUUUCCGCACGACAGAAACUGCCAUAUCAGUGUGUUUGGUAGCAAAAUGGCCUAUGCUCUUCCCCAAGAUCGUGUUCCUGAUCCUGGUCAAAGACUAGAAGUGCUCUCAACUGAGAGCUACUUCUACGUCCACAUCUGGGACUUCAAUAAGCGGGUCAUUGCUCGUUCGCAAAGUAUCAAUGAUCCCGACUCGCCAGAUUUUUUCAUCUGCAAGCCAGCUCGAAUGACUGACUCUGGAGAAAUCUUCUCAAAUCAUGCAUACACUGCGACUGUCUGUCGUACACCUUUUCCGAUGCCGCGUGACUCCAGAAUGUUCUUAGAACUGGAUCGGCUUACUUUGACAUGGGCUCGGGAAGGUGAGAUUAGUAUCAAGGUCAUUUCCCCCGUCCAGGCGGAGGUUGGCCGGAGUUCUGGACCUCAUAGAAAAGGGAAAGAGCGUUGGACUCGGCGACGACGAUAUUUGGUUUAGUGCUUUCGUAUUUUUACUCAGGCUUACUGUGACUCCAUGUAUGUACGCGUGGGGGGCCCGAGGCCUUGGGGUCUCACCAUUGAAUAAGGCAUUGCAUAGACGCCUCAUGACCAUGGCGUUGGUUUUCAGUGAUGCUGUUGAUAUUUUACGGGUUUAGA